CAGAGUUUUGAAGAGAAACUUGCUCCAGAAGAACGCUUUUCCCCCUUGGACCUUUUUAACAAAAUCCAAGAACAAAAUGAAGAACUUGGACUGAUUAUUGAUUUAACGUAUACUCAGCGCUAUUAUAAACCAGAGGACUUACCAGAAACUAUUCCUCACUUAAAAAUUUAUACGAUUGGUCAUCAGGUGCCUGAUGAUGACACUGUUUUAAAAUUCAAAUGUGCUGUUAAUGGGUUUUUGAAAGAAAAUAAAGAUAAUGAUAGACUUAUUGGUGUCCACUGUACCCAUGGUUUAAACAGGACUGGCUACCUCAUCUGCAGAUAUUUGAUUGAUGUAGAAGGCAUGAGGCCAGAUGAUGCAAUUGAAUUAUUCAAUAGAUGCCGGGGGCAUUGCAUAGAAAGACAAAACUACAUUGAAGACCUUCAGAAUGGUUCCAUCAGAAGGGAUCGGAAUUCCCGUGUAUCCAGAUCAAGUGGUUUUGAAUACUCACCAUAUAUGAUGGAACCAGCCCACACCACUAAUAACGCUGUUCACCAAGGACCUAGGAAUAACGUACAUUGGACCCAAGGUUACCCAACACCUCGCCAUUUCCACACCCAGACCCAAGAUUUACAGCAGUCAGUAAGAAAAUUUCCACAGAAUCAGAAUGUUUACCAGAGAGGCCAUAACCCUCCUCCGCCUGGUCCCCCCGGAGAGGACUAUUCACAAGGAAGGUAUUCUUGGAAUGUACAGCCAAAUGCCAGUCAAGUAGUCCAGAAUCAAAGUUGGUAUCCUGGCAGUUACUAUGGACUACCCUACCCAGCCUAUUAUGGAUGGACCCAAUGACACAAACCUGUCCUGGAAAUCUGUCGGGAGACAGCAGGACUGAAGACAGUUGGAGUGACUUUUUAUACAAUCAGGUCAAAUGAGGUUUAUAAUCUAUUUUUUUCUACCUUAAGUUCAAACCUAAGGCAAAAUUAUAUUAAUAUUUAACUCUUUGCCGUUAAAUUUGCAGUAUUUGAAAUACUGAAGGAAAUAAUCUGUUGUUCCAGUCUUAAUAUUUUCAAAAGUAACGUAUUUUAGAACUGAUAAAGUAAUAAAGAACAUCCAUUGUACAUAAUUUUUAAAGAUUCUAUCUUUUCUAUAUUUUCUAAAAUUGACUAAAUUUGUGUUAUGAAUGUGUGUAUACAAAAAUUUCUAGUCAUUUUCUAUUAUUGACCAAUCAUUAACGGUAUUUUUGUUUUUGUCCUUACCCCUAACUGUUCAAGAUUUCUAUUACCAUCUACCUACGGAGACAAUCUCUUUGAAACCUAAUCACUAUUGGUAAUUAGUGGUGGUAUUUUUGUGAUUAGGCAUUUCCUUCUUGGGUAAUCUCUUGUGGGAUUUGACCAACUUCCUUUCACUGAAUUGUCAGGUAUGCCAUCUAACACAGGAGUGGAUAAACAUUUAGGGAUUGAUUGUCAGUUGGACAAGAGACUGAUAAACCAGAAUGCUGGGUAAUUUACCAACAUUUGUAAUUGUUACCAACUGGGUAGAACUACUCAGGAAACUUGAAAGCUUUUGUAGACUAUAAAGGUUGCUCAGUGAACAGAAGAGUAAACAACACAAAGCCUGGGAUAUCUGGGAAGACUUGCAUGGCUCCUUGCAUUUUUGCUUCUCUGUUGAAUGUAACUUGCUGGGAUCUCUCUGCACUUGCCGCUCACAGUGCAGUAGUGCCUCGACCUUGAUGCUUUCUAAGUGUUCUCUUAUGCUGCUCUGCCUCUAGACCACACAGAUGGAUCGCGUGGGAGAUGUUCAUUAUUUUUGGUUGCAGAGGAAACCAAAACCCUUUGUUUGCUUAAGAAGAUGUCUCAGCAUCAUGACAACAAAUGCCUCGGUAGAUAGUUGAUGAAACUUGAGCCACUUGGCUUCCUUUUCUUAAAGCCUCUUGCUUUGAAAAUGUGUAUCAGAAUGUCUUAUACUGCAUGUGAGAGUUAUUUUAUCUGCUCUCUUUUAUAUGUGAACAACAUAUUGAACCUGACAUUAAUGAAAUUAGCUCAGCCAAGUUGCUAUGCUUCAUCUAAGUGACGGCUCCAAUGUUUUUCUUUGCCUGCCACAUUUAACAGGUGCAAGAGUUGUGGCUGCUAAAAGGCUGGUCCUGGGGGAUUGUUCCCCAGGAUACAUCACGAAGGCCCACUUGGAAAGCAAUUGGAGCAAGAAAGCUGGUGAGGCAAAAAAGAACAAGUCAGGGCAGGUGUGGGGAUCCAGCUGGUCUCACAGUUCUAAGGAGUUCUUUGGCAAGCAGUUUCUCGGGGACAUUGCCAGCAGAAGUGCCAUCAUAUAAACACUGCCACCUUCAAAAUGCUUUCUUUACCCUGUUGUUCCCUCUGUCCUCUUCCCCUUUUAUUUCAGUUGUUGGCAUGGCUUGUUAAAAUCUAGACUACA